AUGGGCGACCUGAAAGUCAGAGACUAUGAUAGCAUCACAUCAUUUCUGGGUACCUGGGGUGCGUUUCAGCGUAGGGUUUUCCUCGCGCUGGCCAUAAGCAUCUAUCCCAAUGGCUUCAUUAGCAUCUAUAUCGUAUUUGUGGGCGACACGCCGCCUCACCAGUGCUACAUCCCCGAAAGCGCAAACCUGAGCGAGGCGUGGAGGAACGUGACCAUCCCCAUGGAGACGGUGGACGGCGCCGAGAAGCCCAGCUCUUGCCUCAGACUCAACCUGGCGAUGGUCAAGAACUACUCGGAAAAUGCAGUCGUCCCACACGUGGGGGUGGAUGUGGCGGAGAUACCUUUGGAGGGCUGUCGAGACGGGUGGACGUACAGCAAAGACAUUUACCAGUCGACCAUUGUCACCGAGUGGGACCUGGUGUGCGAGGACUCAUACAAACUGCCACUGACCUCCUCCAUCCAUUACUGCGGGGUGCUCGUUGGAGCGUUCGUCUCAGGCCAGAUGUCGGACAGAUACGGAAGGAAGCCAGCCCUGUUCGCCAUGAUGUUCCUUCAGACGCUUACUGUGACGGCCCAGAUAUUCUCUCCCAAUUGGGAGAUCUUUGCUUUCACUUUCUUCCUCGCAGGCGCAGGGGGGUUCUCCAAUUACAUCAUCGCCUUUGUGCUGGGAACAGAAAUCCUCAGCUCCAAGGCCCGGGUGGUCUUCUGCUCCCUGGGGGUCUUCAUGAGCGCUGCCAUAGGAUACAUGCUCCUGGCACCGGUGGCGUAUGCUCUGCGCUCAUGGAGGAUGCUGUUGAUCCCCAUGGCCGCCUCAGGACUGACAUACAUACCGCUAUGGUGGUUCAUCCCCGAGUCUCCUCGCUGGCUGCUCUCUCAGGGCCGCGUAAAGGAGGCGGAGGCCAUACUGAAAGUUGCCGCUCAGACAAAUCAGGUUGCCACCCCAGACGCCAUUUUUACACAGGCUGAGAUUGAAGAUGCGUUGCAGAUGAAAGACAAGAAAUAUAACAUCAGAGACAUUGUGAGGAGCUGCAACGUUUACACCAUCACCCUGUUGUGUCAACUUCUGUGGUUUGUCAUCACCCUCAGUUACUACGCUUUGAUCCUCAACACCUCCAACCUGCACGGCGACCCCUACCUCAACUGCUUCCUGUCGGCGGUGACGGAGGUGCCGGCGUACCUCAUCGCCCUCCUGCUGCUGCACUUCUGCUACCGCCGCUUGUGCCAGUCCACCACGCUGCUGGUGGGCGGAGUCAUGAUCCUGUGCGUUCACCUCAUUCCCAUGGAUCUCCAGUGGGGGGCCGUGCUGCUGGAGAUGCUGGGGAAAUUUGGCGUGACGGCCGCGUUCUGCGUGGUGUACACCGUCACCUCGGAGCUCUUCCCCACCGUCAUUCGGAACACGGCCAUGGGCUGCUGCUCCAUGGCCGCUCGCAUCGGAACCAUCAUCUCCCCCUUCAUCAUCUACUUGGGACAAUAUUAUCAAGCGCUACCGUACAUUGUCAUGGGAACGUUGGCCAUUUUUGGGGCCCUCCUUUGUCUGCUGCUGCCGGAGACGUACGGAAAACCUUUACCAGAAACCAUGUCGCAGAUGCAGACCGUGUGUAGGCAAAAGGGCAAAGAAGAAGAGGAGCAUGCAGAAAGCGUAAAGGAUUAUCCCAAUCUUGAAUCCAGGUUUUAAGUAGUUAACAACUCAGAAGCUAUGUAUAUGUUUAACUUAACACACACACACACACACACAUAUAUAUAUAUAUUUAUAAAUAAUUUAAGCAUUGAUUUGUAACAGUUUACAGCAGGGGUCCCCCAAACCUUUUUAGUUGUUGGUUUAGAAGGAUUAAAAUAAUUUAAGUAUGAAUAAAAAAUGUAUGCAAUUUUUUUUUUCAUGAAGAAAGUUUAAAGUGUACACCUAUGCAUAUACUGUACUGAUAUAAAAACACUUCCUCCUCCUCACCGUUAGGGGGCGACCUACAACCAGAAACCUGUGAUAACAAAAGUAGUCCAAUCUACGCUAGCUUCCCUAGCAUUAGCUUGGCUUUGAACACAAACAUAUUAAAGUGGAUAUUUAAGAAAUGACAUUUUACCUUGUCGAGUUUCGACCACCGGAGCUUCUUAUCGAUGAAAGUUGUAUAUAUUUUUUUUCUCAAGAGUUAGAACUGAGCUGUAAGAACAAAAAGCAAUCGUUCCUUAUGAGACGCUUUACUUAAACCACGAGGUGAAAACCGGAAGUUAAGUAACUUUUUUUCCCCCGGAAGUUAGCUAACUAACAGGAAGUUGAUAAAUUAGGCUAUAAAAAUAAAAGUCAGCGAAUUGAUAGGUUGCUCUACAUACAAUAAAAGUUGAAUACUAUUUAAUCUACUAUUAAAACAUAAAUUUAAUAUCACAAUGUGGUUCUCUUUUUAAUACAAUGACAAUAAAAUCAUUCAUUUACAGUAGCUACAAAAGUAACAAUUUGACGCAGGCGGCCACACAAAAAGUAUAACAAUGAUCAUAUUUGUU